AUGGAUCAAAAUCGGAAAACCAAUGAAAUCCCGAAUUGGGUUAAAAAAGAAGAAACGCCAAAAGUGAGAUUUCCAUUUGAUGAUGCUUUUCAAGAAGCAGAUGACCAUGGCGAAAUGGAGACCAUAUACGUUCAAGAUUCUGAUGAGGAGGAUGAGAUAAAAAGGAAAUUAAUUAAAUGUGUGGAACAACAUGAGGAAGAAAAAGCCAACCAGCCCAAAAGCCAAUCCAACAAAAUGAAUAUGAACAAAUGGUUUUUGAAAGAAUUUGAAGAUCACAUGGGCCUUAAGGUCGGAGAAUCCGACGAUGAUGGAGAUGCGGAUGAUAGUAAGAGUGAAAAAUCCAGCUCAGAAUCAGAUAAAACCAGUGAUUCGGAUGACUCCAACUCAGAUGGUUCACCCUCUGGUUGGAUGGAAAACAUAAAGAAUGUUAAUCUAUUUUCAUUGGAUAAGAGCUCUGAAGAAUCCAAGCCAAAGCUCAAUGACGAAAAAACUUCAGUGCCUAUUUAUAGUGGUCCCAUGCCUUCGAUGCCAUUAUAUGAUGAAGAAACCAGUCAAUUUACAAUGGUUCCGACUCACAAAGAACCUGAAAUAUUUCAAGAAAAAAUAGAAAUAGAAAAGCCAAAUGAGGAGAAGAAAACCGAUUCGAUUUUGGAUAAAACAAGCUUGAGUCCCAUUGAGGAGGAGGAAUACCAGUGGGACAGUGACUGUAGCUCCAAUUUUGACUUGAGCUGCGAAUUUAGCUCGACUGAAAGCGAUGAAGAUACACCAACUGAUUUAGAAUACCAACCUGAACCGAGUAAGCUAUCAUACUGGGAGGAGAUGUCCUCGCUGCCCGUGGACAGAGGUGAAAUUUCGCAAGAAGAACUCUUGGCUAUUUUAAAGGAGGAGGAAGACGAGAAGAAACCAGAAAAGAGUUUGGGUUCCCUAGAACAUCGAAGUGAUUCCGAGCUGGAGGAUCCCACCAAAGAUCAGGCCAAGCUCCGCGAUGGUUCGGAUUUCUACGAAGACAGUGCUCAGUUUGCGGAAAGCAGGGAGAAUUUCAGCGUGCUGGUCAUCAAAGAGGAUUCCGUUUUCCUGGAAUACGAACUGGCUGUCAAGCAACUGGUGAAGAUCGUCCGAUUGGCUCCCAGUCAGCACAGAUACGAGAUAUAUUUACUGAUCUAUCCCCUGAUGGCCCUGACAUAUCUGCAAAUGAUGGCCAGCGAUAAGGCUCAGAAGGCCAGAAUGUUUCUGGUUCGAUUUCAGGACCAACUGGAUGACUCCUAUGUGUCCAGGAUAAUGAAGCUCAGGGAUAUUUGCCGACCCGAAGAAGUUCCAAACAAGGCGAGAAAAUUGCUGGCUGGUCACGAGAAACUCAAGACUCAAAUGUCCGACGAGGCCUAUCGUCAGUUUCUCUAUUAUAUGGAGGAAUGGCCCAAGGGUCAGCAGGAAAAGCUUGCCGCCCACUUUAAUAUUCAAAGCUACAGUGAGAAGGAGCCGCCCCAGCAGCGUUUUGGAAUAGGAAAACCUGUAUUGGAACCCAUUUAUUACGGAGCCCCGGAACCCUUGCAUAAAAAAGACUUUACCACACGUCCUUUUCUUCAAAAACGUCGAAGGAAGAAGAACGAACCGCAGACUCACAAGAAUCUACACUUGCCCCCGGGAGAUAGGAUGUUUAAUCCGAAUCCCAAGCGAAUUGAUUUACUGCACCGGAAGAACGAUGAACAGUAUCGAAUGCGAUUGGAUCGGGAGAACCUGCCGUCGACAUAUCUUUAUACAGCUCCUCAUUGCGAUGAGGUGGUGUUAUGUGCCUCCUUUUCGGAGAAUAUCAGCAUGUUGGCCCUGGGAACUGUAUCCUCUAGCAUUCACAUCUUCUCCCUGAAACCCUCGAAGUUGGUACAAUUAAAGUCGGCCAAUUGGCUCAAGGUUCUGGACACUGGAAUGGCUGGCAUUGAUAAGGGAAUGCUGGAUCCCACCAAGAAAUUCACGAGGCGAACUCUUCACGGUCAUCAGGGACACGUUUAUGGUAUCUCCUUUAACCCUGAGGAUCGCUUUCUGCUCAGCUGUUCGGAGGAUUUCACCGUUCGCCUGUGGUGCCUUUUAUCCUGGAGUUGUGUGGUCAUAUAUCCCGGUCACUUAUCCCCCGUUUGCUUUGUGGUCUACGCACCAAUGGGCUACUAUUUCGCCACCGCCUCGGAUGAUUGUACGGCCAGAGUUUGGGUGCAGGAUAACAGGAAGCCCGCUCGAAUUCUACAAGGACACCUAGCUGAGCUGGCAGUGUGUAUAUUCCAUCCAAAUCGUCACUAUUUGGCCAGUGGAUCUGCCGAUACGACGGUGAGAAUUUGGGAUGUGAUUAGGGGUCUUCAAGUGCGCAUUUUUAAUGGUCACCGAGGAAGGAUAACCGCCUUGACCUACUCCAUUUGUGGUCGUUAUUUGGUUUCCGGUGCCGAUGACAAGCUCAUCAUGAUUUGGGACACGGCCAACGAGACUUUAAUUCGUUUUCUGGACCAUCACAAGUCGUCUAUUAACACCAUGGAAAUUGCUUUGGAUAACAAUCUACUGGUGGUCGGUGGACAGGAUUGCCAGCUGACCAUUUGGGACUUUGAACGGGUGCUAAAGGACUACGUGAAUAGGUCGAAAGCUUCCAGGAAACAGAAUCAGACCGAAAUACAAGAAUCAAGUGUCAAAGAUUUGCUCAUCAGCUCAUUUCCCAGCAAGGGAGCUCCAUUCUAUUUGAUCCGCUUCAGCCGUCGCAAUCUUCUGCUGGCGUUUUGUGUGACUCCCCGGGAAUCGAAAGAUUCUGUCAUUGAAAUGAAGCCAAAACAACCCAAGGCGGAGAAAAGUGAUGAUCUCGGAGAAUGGCUGGAUUUUCUGGACACGAUCAAGUUGAAGGCUUGCUAUGAUCUCAAGGAUGAAAUGCACUUGGAUACUGAACAGGUGGAAAAGGAAAAGAAAUCUCAACAAAAAUAA